AUGGCGUUCAACAAAAUGCUGCCCCAGCGCCUUUUUCGCAUUUCCAAGUUCACGAACGCCGCCGUCACCAACUGCCGCAUCGUCUCGCCGUUCGCCGCCGCGCAGGCCGGAGCGACGAGCAGCCUUGCCCCAGAUCCAGGCGACGACGGGGUUUUCCAACGAUUUCUCCACAACAAAUCGCCGGCGCCGGCGGCGUCGUCCUCCGAUCUUCGGUUCCUCCCGACCGGGGAGACGCUUUUGGAGAAGCUCCGGGGGAUGGACAUUGCGAGGCAGAGGAUCCGGCUGGACGCCCUCAUGCCGCCGCCCGCGGCGGAGGAGGAGGAGAAGGAGUCUCCGCCGGAGGGUACGAUCACGGUGAAGGACGCCGUGAAGAUCCUGAGGCUCUCUCAGCUUGAGGCGGUGAAAUCUAGGCUGAGGCAGAUCGAGAGGAACUGUAUCCCUUAUUCUGAAUUUGUGCAAAUUUGUGCUAGGGAUUGCUCGAGCGUUGAUCAAGGGCUGGAAUUCGCUAAGAUGCUCGAUCAAUCGGGGAGCGUGAUUGUUCUAGGGAACACGGUGUUCCUCAGGCCUGAACAGUUGGUGAAAGCCGUACGAGGACUAAUCCCUGUUCCUGCACCAGCCCCCACCAUAGAUGACUCGAGAAUGCAAGAAAUCCGUGAAUUGGAGAAGAAGAAAUCCGAAAUCGACAGCAAGGCGAAAUCGCUGGUCCAGCGUGAGCUAUGGUGUGGGCUCGGCUUCCUGAUUGUCCAAACUGCAACUUUCAUGAGGCUGACCUUUUGGGAACUAUCGUGGGACGUGAUGGAGCCCAUUUGCUUUUGCGCGACUUCGCUUUAUUUCACGGGUGGAUAUGCUUUCUUUGUGAGGACAGCAAAGGAACCCAGUUUCGAGGGGUUUUUUCAGAGUAGGUUUGCGGCCAAGCAGAAGAAGUUGAUGAAGGCUGAGAAAUUUGAUAUCGAGAGGUAUAACAAGCUUAAGAAAGCUUGUUAUCCGUACUCGUCGGAUGAGGAAACGGGCAACAAAAAUGUCAUGUUAACUUCAUCUUAUCGUUCUUCUUCUCCAGCUGUGCACUAA